AAAGGGAGGGGGAAGUUUUCCACUUCUGCGAGUUGCAGUUAAUACACAUGAAUGCAGAAAGAUUACACAUUUGAAGCAGAGCGAGAGAGGCGGGAGACAAUGUGUUCUUCAUUCAAUACUUUGUAUUAAAGCCUUGAAACUACUUCAGUUCAAAAAAUCCUUUGAGGAACCAGCUCAGGAACCAACUUCUCCUCUGUGUAUCCGAGGAAAACGAAUUUCGCAGUUUCGGGGCUUCACAAUCCUUGUUCUCACUUCUUCCGACAGAAUGUUGAGGGACUUCAAAUUCUUGCGUCGAAAUGCUGGUACAAAUCCGCAAUUGGAGGAAACCGAGAAUGUGCCAGUGAACCCCAGCGACUCACUGGGUUCUCAGAUUAGUAAUAUGGAUUCAUCCAGACCUCCCUUGAACACAAUUCAAGAGAGGAGUAUGGUGGAUCACGAAGUAGGUGCUAGGGUUGCUAAAGUAGCUAGAACACCCAGCACAAUUCAAGAAAAGAGCGUUGUAGAUCAAGAAGUGGGUGUUAGGUCUGCUAGAAUAGAUAGAACACCAACAAAGUCCAAGUCUAGCAGAUAUUCCGAUUCAACAGUGCCACUUAAAACUCCAGAAAGGCAUAAAAACCGAUUUGGGUGGGCUCAGAGAAGUGAUAUGAGCUCAAUGGACUUGAAGGAUGAAGUAAAGCUUGAUGGUACUGCCAAUGGGGGUCCAUCAAGGACAAUGGCAAAUAUGGGUACUCCUCGAUCUACUAGGACAGUUGCUAGGGCGAACUCAAGCUACUCAGAGUGUAAUUCUACUCAAAGCACACCAACUAAGAGCGUGAGUAAGCCACCAAAUCCCGGUUUUUGUUUAGCUAGUGGCUCUAGGCCUCCUGCUAAUGGAGGUGCUCGAAUGGCCAAUUACAUGGCACUGUCCAAGGGGGUCCCAAUUAGCUGUAAUACAUCUACUGUUGUUAAUACUGUUGAUGUACCACAUUUUGAACUCAAGGAAGAUCCAUCUUUCUGGAUGGAGCACAAUGUACAGGUAUUGAUACGUGUGAGGCCUCUCAAUGGCAUGGAGAGAAGUACUAAUGGGUAUAAUAGGUGCUUGAAGCAGGAGAGUGCACAAUGCAUCACCUGGAUAGGACAGCCUGAAACUCGGUUCACCUUUGAUCAUGUUGCAUGUGAAUCAGUAGAACAGGAAACACUUUUCAGAAUGGCUGGUUUGCCAAUGGUAGAAAACUGUUUGUCUGGAUACAAUAGCUGCAUUUUUGCAUAUGGACAGACUGGAAGUGGGAAGACAUAUACAAUGCUUGGUGAAAUUGAAGAGCUAGAAGUCAGGCCAAGUCCUAAUCGUGGAAUGACACCACGCAUAUUUGAAUUCUUGUUUACAAGGAUCAGAGCGGAAGAGGAAAGUCGAAGGGAAGAGAGGUUGAAGUAUAGCUGCAAAUGCUCAUUCCUAGAGAUUUAUAAUGAACAAAUUACAGAUCUUCUUGAUCCUUCAUCCACAAAUUUGAUGUUGCGUGAAGAUAUCACAAAGGGUGUGUAUGUUGAAAAUCUCUCUGAAUUUGAGGUUCAAACAGUUGGCGAUAUUCUUAAGCUUUUGAGUCAGGGUUCUUCUAAUAGGAGAGUUGCUGCAACAAACAUGAAUAGAGAAAGUAGCCGCUCCCACAGUGUCUUUACCUGUGUAAUUGAGAGUAGUUGGGAAAAAGAUUCCGCCUCCAACUUUCGUUUUGCAAGGCUGAAUCUGGUUGAUCUUGCUGGUUCUGAAAGGCAAAAGACUUCUGGUGCUGAGGGUGAACGUCUAAAGGAGGCUGCAAAUAUCAACAAAUCCUUAUCAACACUAGGUCACGUGAUAAUGGUUCUAGUUGACAUUGCACAUGGGAGACCGAAGCAUAUUCCUUACAGAGAUUCAAGAUUGACAUUUCUUCUUCAGGACUCACUAGGGGGGAACUCAAAAACAAUGAUGAUAGCCAAUGUUAGCCCUUCCAUAUGUUGUGCUGCUGAAACACUCAACACACUGAAGUUCGCUCAGCGAGCAAAACUCAUUCAGAAUAAUGCUGUUGUGAAUGAAGACUCAUCAGCAGAUGUUGCAGCACUACAGCAUCAGAUAAGACUUCUGAAGGAGGAACUUUCAACUCUAAAACGUCAGAACAUUUCCCGCUCUUUGUCAUUUGGUGCAGCAUGUACUGGAGACCAAAGGGAAGAAGAAUCCAAAAACAGCCUGACACUAUCAACUAAACAGUUCAAAUCAUUGGAGACUACACUUGCUGGAGCUUUGAGGAGGGAACAGAUGGCUGAAUCAUCUAUCAAACAGCUUGAAGCUGAAAAUGAGCAACUGAACCGUCUGGUUCGCCAAAGAGAGGAAGAUACCAGGUGCACAAAGAUGAUGCUGAAAUUUAGGGAAGACAAAAUUCAACGAAUGGAAUCUCUUCUCAAUGGAUUAACACCGACAGAUACGUAUCUGCUGGAAGAAAACUGUGCACUUGCUGAAGAACUUCAGUUGAUUCGUGCCAAAGUUGAUAAAAAUCCAGAAGUAACUCGCUUCGCACUUGAAAAUAUUAGGCUUUUGGAACAACUCAGAAGAUUUCAAGACUUCUAUGAAGAAGGAGAGAGAAAUAUGUUGUUAACUGAAGUGUCUGAAUUGCGAGAUCAGCUACGGCUGUCUCUUGAUGGGAACUUGAAGCUGCAUAAUCAUUUUGAUAUAAAUAUUCCUUCUCAGGAGUCUAUUCAUGUCAGUAAAGAAAACAACUCGCUCCGCAGGGAGUUAAAAGAGACUCUCUCUCAGUUAGAAGAAUGCAGGUCAAACCUGAACAGUUGCUUGGACAAAAAUGCAGAACUCAGAAGAGAAAUAACUGACUUACGUGCUUCACUUGGUGGCAUGGGAUCUUCAAUUCUAGAUAAUGAUAGUGGUGUUGAAGUUAUAAAGGAGUCUAUAUCAGAAGCUCCUCCUCUCAAUUACCAGUCAGCAAUUGUUGCUCAGGAAGAGAAGCCAAAUAUAAGCUGUGAUAAAAUGCUUAACUGGUCAGAGAAAAUUAUGGAUUUGCAAUUAGAGUUGGACAUUCUAAAAGUUCUCCUUCAAGAAGAAAAGUCAUCCCACAAUGAAGCAGAGGAAAGAGCACUAUCUUUGAACAGAGAUCUAGAGUCAUCAAAAGAUCAGAUUCUGUUUAUAACAAGGCAAUAUAAAGAUGUUCAGGAAGAACUCAAGGAAGCAAAAUCCAUUAUUGAAGCUCUUGAGUCUCAACAAAUUCUAGCAAUUAAUGAGGUAGAGGAUCUAAGAAAUAGUAACAAUCGCUAUGCAGAACUUGUGCAGAAACAGGAACUAGAGAUCUCUUCUUUAAAGGAGAAAACCUGUUCUCAAGAACUGAGAGAUCUCUCAUUCCCUAAAGUCCUGGAAAGUAAUGAUACUCCUUUACAAGCCAAGCUGAAAAGGAUGCACAAUUCUCUCGAGAAGGCAAAAACACUGAACAAAUGGUACCAAAGUGACCGUGCUUUACAAACAUCGAAUGCAGAAGAAAUGGAUGAAAUACGUAGGCAGGUUGAGGUUGAAACUGCUGAAGUGAUUGUUUGCCUGCAGGAAGAACUUUCUCUUCUUCAGCAGGAAGUCCAGGCCAGUCACUUGAAGGAAACGGAGAGCCUAGAUAGGUUGUCUCAGUUACAGUGUGAAAUAAAAGAACUUGAGGAAAAAAAUUAUCUGAUUACUGAAGAUAAUAGAACAUUAAGAGGAGCUUUUGAAGAAAAAGAGAAAGAAUUACAGAGUCUGCUUGAGGAAUUGGAGCAAGUUAGCGAUGAGAUGGAAACAAUUCUUGGUGGGGGACAAGCGGCGCUAAAGGAUGCCUCUGAUCAGCUUGAUUUAAUAUCCACUUCAUUUCCACAAAAACGAGCAAGUCGGAUAUCUGAUCAUUUUGGGAGGAUGGCAAAAUACAUUUUUGAAAAGGAUUUAUUGAUAGAAGAUCUCAACAGGAGCCUUGAGGAUGCUCUUAAUAAAAGAAGUGAUGUUGAGUCCAUGCUAAGGUCUUUAAGAGGAGCAGCUUUGGUUAUGACUGAAGCACACCAGCAACAAUGCAGUGAAAAGGACAGAGAGAUUAUUCUUUUGACAUCCCAAUUGAAUUCUAAAGUGCAAGCUGUCUCAGAAUAUGAGAACAAAGUUAAACAUGUGGGGGAUCAACUUAGAGAAACAUCCACUUGUGCAACAGCUGCUUUCGUGGUUGUUAACUGGCUGUCUGAGUUACAAGCCAGUAACAUUGAUGCAUUUAAACAAAAGGAGGUGAAGCUUGGGGAAUAUCUAGAAGCAAAUAUGCAAGAGAUUGAAUCUCUCAAGUUAGAAUUACAGGCAUUGGAAGAAACCUGCAGUGGACUAAGGCUGGAGCUCUCAGAGCAGCAGAGACAUGCCAGUGCUAUGCAGCAGAAACUUGAAGAGCGUGAAGUGAAUGACAUCAUGGAAACCAUGGAGACACUUGAAGAGUUAAAAACUGGUGUUUCAGUAGUAAGUUCCUGCAUGAAUGAGCAUGUAGAAAGGCAUGGGAGACCUAAGAGAGAUACUACCAAUGAAGGUCCUUCACAUUUCUCUGUUAAGGAAGAAUGCGAAAUACGGACAGGUGCCAAUGCAAAGCAACCAGUUGACUCCUGUAAGGAUAUGGAAACUGAACAGAAAGAUCCUUCUUUUGAAAUCCAGAAAAAUAUAGCUGGCCAGAAGAUUCCACAUGGAAGAGAUGCCACCAUAGCUCUUCUGAAGAAGGAAAUUGUAUCAGCUCUUGACAGCUUGAAAAAAGUGCAAGCUGAGAUGGCCAGAUUACAUAAUGAGAAAGAAGAGGUCUGCAAGGCUGAAAAGCAGAGUCGGGAGAGCAUUGAAUCUCUUUUUAUUCCAAUAGUUGCACUUGGAACCUCCAUAGAAAACUUUGAACAAGAAGUCAAGCUCAAAAUGGAAGAGGUAGAUGAAAAGCUACAACAAGUAGAAUAUGCCGUGCAGGAAUAUAGGACUUCGUGGUUUGAACAAAGAGAGCUAAUGGAAGUUGAACUUGGAGAUGCAAAGGCAAUUGCUAUACAGAAAACCACUGAAGCUUCCUGUAUUCUUGCUAAAUUUGUAGAGGUCCAGGACACCAUGAAGGAUGCAGACAUAAUGAUAAAUGAGUUGAUGAUAGCAAAUGAAGCCUUGAAGCUUGAGAAUAAAGAGCUAAAGAAAAAGGAGGAGAAAUUAACCAAUGAAAGGGACAUUUUAGAAAAUGAAAACCAAUGCUUGCAGUCUGCCAAUGAUCUAAAGGACUUGCAUGCUGGAAAACUGGAGAAAGAGUUUGAAUCAGAUCUAUCAAUGGUAAAGCAGCAGGUUCUGGAGUUGGAAGAUAUAAUAUCACAAGCCAAUAGUUGUUGGAUGGAAGAGUUUAUAUCUGUGGCCUCUGAUGUCAUUAACAUAAAGUCUGACCUUCACGACACAACUGAACUGAUGAGGUCAUGGAUUGAGGAUAUCUGGUCUGAGAUUAUUGUCAAGGAUUGUGCUGUGUCUACCUUUCACCUCUGCCACUCUGGAAUUCUCCUAGAAGCAGUAAAUGGUUUCAAUGCAGAAAACGGUCUACUGCAUCAUGGUCUGUGUGAAUCAAAUUCCGUAAUAACUGAGUUGAGAGAGCACAAUUUUAAAGCUAGGCAAGAGCUUGAAAUGUGUAGAACUCUCAAGGGAAAGUUAUUGGCCGAUAUCAAAAGUAGUUUUGAUCGUAUUUCUAGGAAAGAAGGUGAAACCAGUGAGUUGACAUUAAAGCUUGCAACUUUUGAGAAGAAAAUAAUUGAUCUACAGUUUCAGGAGGAGUUAAUGUUGAAAAGAUCUGAUCACUUGGGGUCAGAACUGGCUGAAUUGAUAAAAGAAAUGCAUCUCAGCAACCAAAAUGUAUUGGCAACGCUUGUGGAUCGAGAGAGAUUGCUUCAGGAGAAAGAGGAGGCCAUGAAAUCUGCAGAAGAGGAUUUUAUUAUGAAACUUGUUGUAAAAGAUUUCGAGGUGUUCAUCUUGUCAGUGAAAUUACAGGAGAUGGCUGUCCUAAUAUCCAAUUUUGAAAAAACUAAUAGAAGUUACUGUGAAGUGGCUGAAAACUUGAAGAGAGAAAUGAUUCUUUAUAGCCUGGAUGUAUCAAUCAAUGAAUCAAUAUUGGUCGACAAGGAAAUUGAAGUUUCUUUUCUGAAAGGAAAAGUUGAAGGAGCAGAAAAACAACAACAAAAAUUGGUGUUAGAGCUUAAUGAAAAAAACUCAACAAUUGCCCAUUCCAAUGAUAUCAACAAAGCUCUUGAACAAGAUGUCCAUUCACUAAGGGAUAUUGCUUGCUCCAAUGAGAAAUUGAAAAGUGAACUUUGUGAAGUAGUUGGAACAAAGAUAACUUUGUCAUCCCAGGUUCAGAAACUUAACUCAGAACUAGAGAAAGUAAUUGAAGAAAUGAAGAGUAAGGAAUCAGUUCUUGAAGUUUCUUCCAGUCAUAUCUCUGACCUUGAUCAACAAAACCAGAUGCUCCAGAAUAGGAUUUUAUUGCUGGAAGAAGCAUCGUGUAGACUCCAGAAAGAGUUGGAAAUGAAAGAUGCUGAGCUUGUGGAAAUGAGCUGCCUUGGUAAGGAUAAUGAUGCACUUCAGGGUGAGCUGAGGGGGUUGAAAGCAGCACAUGGUGUACUUGUUCAGGAUUUGGAGGUCAUGAGAGCUGAACUUGAAUCAUCUUUAAAUAGCAAAAGGGUGAUUUCUGCCGGAAGUGAUAGAUUGCGAGAUGCAAUUUGUUCACUGGAGAAUCAUGUCUGCGAUAAUGAUAUCUUGAUCAACAGAGUUUUCUCUGUGUUCUUGAAGAAAUUUGAUGAACACGAAGGAGAAUUUCAUAAGAUAUGCGAAGAAGUGGAAAAUGCGUCUAGAUUUCUGGGAGAGUUUGAGUUAUUAGAGAAUCUUGCUAAAGAGAUUGUAUCACAAAAUUCUUCUCUUGGGAAUGAGCUGUUAAGGAAGGAUGACAUUCUUAAGGGGCUGUUGUUUGAUCUCAGCUUACUGCAGGAGUCAGCCUCAAAUACUAAGGAUCAAAAAGAUGAAAUUGAAAACUUGGUGGCUUCUUUAAAUGUUUUGGAAAAUGAAUUGGAACAAAAGUCAUGUGAGCUUGAUGAAAUUGUUUCUAAGGGUAUCAAGCUUGAAGCUCAGUUGCUGGAGAACAAGAGCAUAAUAUCUGAUUUGGAGUCAGAUGUCUCAAGAAAAUGUGAAGAUGUAGAAUUACUUUCUAUAAAAAAUGAUGAGCUAUUAGCAAGUAUCAAGGAUGUCUUAGAAGAAAAAACCUUAAUGGAAGAAGAAUUAACAGAACAAAGGAAGGUCAGUGAAAACUUAGAAAAUGAACUCUCUGAAAUGGGUUCUGCUCUUUCAGAAAUGAACAAUUCCAUUGAGUCCCUAAGGAGAAACUUGAAUCUGGUUACUUGUGAGAAGGAUGAUCUCAGUGGGGAACUUCUUGCUUUGAAGAAGAAGCUUGAGAUGGCACAAGUGCUUGCUGAGGAAAAUGAAGCAGUUGCUUUAGAAGCUAAAGAGUUAGCAGAAAUCAGAAAACUCUAUGCUGAAGAGAAAGAAGAGGAGGUAAAACUAUUAGAGCGCUCUAUUGAAGAGUUAGACUGCACAGUAAAUGUGCUUGAAAACAAGGUUGGCAUUAUCAAAGAAGAAGCUGAGCGGCAACGGUUACAAAGAGAGGAACUUGAAAUGGAACUGCAUAAUGUCAAACAACAAAUGCUUGGUGUUAAAAGCAGUGAUGCUGAUGUGAAAAGAAAUUUUGAUGAAAAAGAGAAGAAUCUUCUAGAAGCCUCUCAGCGCAUCCAAAUCCUUGAGAAAGAGAUAGCUUUGAGAGAUGCUGAAAUUGCUCAAUGCAAGGGUCAUAUCUCUGAAUUGAAUUUGCAUGCUGAGGCACAGGCUUGUGAGUAUAAGGAAAAGUUCAAGACAUUGGAAGCGAUGGCUGAGAAAGUCAAGUUGGAUGUCCAUGCCACCCAAGGCUCAACUUCAUCAUCAGGCAAAUUGGAGAAAAAUGCUUCGAAGCCCAGAGGUUCUGGUUCUCCUUUCAAAUGCAUUGGGAUAGGAUUGGUUCAGCAAUUGAAGUCUGAGAGGGAUGAGAAUCUAACAGCAGAAAAACAUCGAAUUAAAGAACUUGAGGCUCUAGCUGCAAGUAGACAAAAGGAGAUAUUCAUGCUGAAUUCAAGAUUAGCUGCUGCAGAAAGCAUGACCCAUGACGUAAUUCGCGAUCUAUUGGGUCUAAAACUAGACAUGAAUAGUUAUGCGACUUUGCUGGAUAAUCACCAAGUGCAAAUGUUAGCAGAGAAGGCUCAACUUCACAAUGUAGAUGCUGUGGCUAAGGAGCAGGAGGUAAAUGAGUUGAAGCAACAGCUAAAUGAAUUUAUCGAGGAGAGGAAAGGAUGGCUAGAAGAAAUUGAGAGAAAACAAGCUGAGAUGAUGGCUGCAAAGGUUGCACUAGAGAAGUUGCACGAGCGAGAUCAAAUGCUUACAACUGAAAAUGAAAUGAUUAAGAUGGAGAACAUUAAUCAUAAGAAAAGGGUUAUGGAACUUGAAGCAGAAGUAAAGAAGCUGUCUGGGCAGCAAAACCUCCAGCAACGCAUCCAUCAUCAUGCAAAAAUCAAGGAAGAAAACAAUACGCUGAAGAAUGAGAAUGAUGGCCUUACUUUUAAGCUGCGGAAAACAGAAGCAAUUCUUGCACGUGUUCGGGAAGAGCUAGCUCACUUCCGUGCAUCUAAUGGGAGAAGCCCCCACGUUAAUUUUGAAGAGGAACAACGGUUAGAGAUCAAACUGAAGGAAAGAGAAGAAGAAAAACUUCAAUUGGCUCGGAAGUUACUAGGCUUGUGCUCCAGUGUGUUGAAGGCUGCUGGAAUAAAAAGACCGACAUCUGAGGUAAACCUGCCUAUGGCCGAAGAAGCACUUGAGCAGCUGAAGAAUAGAGUUGAUUCAUUGGAGAGAGAGUUGCACGGCGUCAAACUCAAGAAUAAAAUGAGUAAUGAACGACAGCGACUAUCUGAGCUGAUGCCCCAAACUUCAGCUAGAAGUUCAAUGGCAGAUGAGAAUGGACAGAAUCCAAAUAGAUCACCAUUUCUUACUUCUUUGGACAGAUGAGUUCUCUUCAAUGGCAGAUUUUGUUUGAAGAUUGAUGAUUCAUGUACUUGGUUAGCUUUUUGCUAGCAAAAGCUAACAUUCAAUUGUUUUUUGGUCAUAGUUGUAAUUGUAAAUAUAUAUAAUCUUUGUACUACUUCACUGUGCAGCCAAAUGUAUCAGCAUGUAACUCUGAGCUGACAAUUUUUUGUAAAUAUUGACAGAUAUGAUAUGUAUAAUAUAGUACAUUAUUGUUUGUUGUAAA